GGGAUAAAAGGGCAGCACUGAGACGAUUAGGAAAGUGCAGGUUAGCGUCGACUUCAUGUAUUUUAUUAUUAUUAUUAUUAUUAUUAUUGGGAGGUGAACCCCAAAAUCUCAUCCCUUCAGGCAUGAUUUUCCACCAGGGUGAGAGCCGCUGGGCCUGGAUGGCAUUUUGGGGAUUAAUUGGUUAUUUGAAGAUGGACAGACUGUGCAACCUAAAAAGCCCGACCAGGCGACUAUAAAUAACCCUGUUCUGUGAGGAUGAUCGGUAAACAGAGGCAAAAGAGAAAGCGGGAAAAAAAAUAGAAAAGUAAAAAUGUUGGCCACAGCAUAUCCUGGUCCUGAACGUGCGAAUUCAGUCAAGGAAAAUUUGCUUCCAGUGGACACAACCUCCCCAGUCCUGACGGUAUUGGUGGGAUUAGCUGGAUCAGACCUCCACCCGAUUCAACGUAAUCUCUCGGCAAGAUGUUAUGGUGAGGUUGAUCACAGAGGAUAAAGCCCUAAAACCCUCAACCGAAGUGCACUACGCUACCGUUUCGGCCACUCCCUCCGGUUUGCCGUACCAGACGAACAAACAAGCAAGCGGAAAUGGAGGCGACGGUGAUGGAAGUGGAGCAUUCAAACUCAAAUUCGAUCAAGCGAUUUGGACUCAAAAACUCUAUCCAAACUAACUUCGGUGACCACUACGUUUUCCAAAUCGUCCCCAAGGAUGAUUGGUCUUCAAUGGCGGUUUCGCUAUCCACCAACGCGGUGAAGCUCUACUCUCCGAUGACAGGUCAGUACCAAGGAGAGUUCAAAGGUCAUUAUGAUACCAUCAAUCAAAUUGCUUUCUCUAAUUCGUCGACCCCGCACGUCUUGUACUCUUGCUCUUCUGAUGGCACCAUAAGAGCUUGGGACACCAGAACUUUCCGCCAGGUGUCGUGUAUGAGUGCCGGUUCUUCUCAAGAGAUCUUCAGCUUCUCAUUUGGAGGCUCCAGUGAUAAUCUUCUUGCUGCUGGGUCUAAAUCUCAGAUACUUUUCUGGGAUUGGAGGAAUGAGAAACAAGUUGCAUGUCUGGAAGAUUCGCACACGGAAGAUGUUACUCAGGUCCACUUUGUCCAUGGCCACCGAAACAAGCUUCUUUCUGCUUCUGUAGACGGAUUGAUGUGUAUUUUUAAUACUGAUGGGGAUAUCAAUGAUGAUGAUCAUCUGGAAUCAGUGAUUAAUGUGGGAACUUCAAUUGGGAAAGUGGGAUUUUUUGGUGAGAACUAUCGAAGGCUUUGGUGUUUAACACAUAUUGAAAGCUUAAGCAUUUGGGACUGGAAGGAUGAGAAAAAUGAAGCAAACAUGCAGGAAGCUCGCUCCUUAGCAUCUGACUGCUGGUCCUUAGAUCAUGUUGAUUAUUUUAUUGAUUGUCAUCACUCAGGAGAAGGUGAAAGUUUAUGGGUGAUUGGUGGAACUAAUGGUGGUGCAUUAGGCUAUUUUCCUGUAAAUUAUAGAGCAGGAACAAUAGGAUCACCGGAAGCAAUUCUUGGGGGUGGGCAUACGGGUGUUGUUAGGAGUGUAUUGCCGAUGUCAAGCAUGAAGCAUGGACUUGCCCAAAGUCGAGACAUUUUUGGAUGGACUGGUGGUGAAGAUGGCCGCUUAUGUUGCUGGUCAUCUGAUGAUUCUACAACGAUAAAUCGCGCUUGGAUUUCAGGUGCACUGGUUAUGAGAUCCUCAAAAUCCCGCAAGAAAAAGAGGCAUCUACCUUAUUAACAGAAUGAUGUGUUAAAAAAUUUAUAUGUUCUCUAUGUACUUUUCAGAGUUAUUUUAAGAAAUUUUAAUUUUCUCCCUCUA